CACAAAUUGCAGCGUUGAAAAUGUCGUCUCCUCUCGUCGAGAAGUUCUUCCUUUUAGCCACCCAGCCAGCCCUCCAUCUGUCUGCGCCUGUGUCGGGCAAUGCGAAGAUGGCCAAACUGGCCCGACACCGGCGUGUCUGUCUCAUUCCGAUUGCCCUCCUCUGCACUGAUCUGCGUCACCCUCGCAAACACGGCUUCUCUGUCAACGUGCAACGUCUGUGACGGCGGCUGCGAUUGCGCUGCAGCCAGUGGUGACCACGUCGGAGUGCGUGAUGGCCACAGCACAAUAGAAGACGGUGAAUUGCGAGACCUGGAAGACAAGUAGGGAGAAUAUGCGUGGUUUAUGUCUGUGCAGCAUUCACUGACUGCACACCUGUCAGUUUGAUCCGCCACGACAGUCCAAUGAGCGUCUUGCUCUCGCCUUUGUCUUCGUCUGACCUUGAGCACGUGUUUGACAGCACGCGUGACGUCGCUGAUCGGCGCGUCCUUUCCGUCACUGCACAAGCUGUUGGCAAAGUGCUCGAAAGAAGACAACUCUUUAUCGGUCUGAAGAAACAGAGGUAUGUUGCCAUACUCGGUUCUUUGCUGGCUUCGUCAUUGUUCCACCUGCGUUUUGAGUUGAUCAGCUAAGGGGCCCAACAGGCAGGCAGCCAACAAAUCGGCAGUCUCCACCCACCACCACACCGCCACAGCCCACCGCGCCAACGCAUCUCCAUCAAUACCCUCUGUGCUGAUCCCACGCACUACCCCAUCUGCAUAGCUCAGCACUUGCGCCCACAGAGCACGCUCAUCAGCAGAAGGGACAACGUCCAAAACGAAAAGCGCUUCCAUCAGAUGCAUCACCCUCCUCAGCCACGAGAGCUGCCUGUCACCGUGCGGCCUGAGAGUCUCGUCACCCACCGAAGCUCCAUACAGACCCAGCUGCCUGUGUAUGUCGCUUGUUGGAUCAGGCACAGCGUUGACAGACUCGAAGUGGCCGACCUCAGGUAAGAGUGAUGACGGACCGUCGCCGAUUGGCACUUGCGAAGAUGAUGUGUCGGUCGGGGCACCUUCUUGCUGGUCAAUGAGGACAGAUGCUUGCUGCGCAUAGUGUCUCAGCAAGGUCGCGGACGCCGUCCUGUGAACAGCGUAACAGCAAAUAGCGAGUGUCAUAGCUUCUUUUGCCUUCACGUCACUUCGUUUGUACCUGACGAAUGUUUCAUCCCGCCAUUUCAGAGCAGCCAGCGCAGCCACCGACCGUUCCAAGUCCCCCAGCCAGCUCGCUACCACCUCUCCUCGCAAGAGCCUCACAUGCCACCAUUCUACCGCAGCCUUGACGAACUCGAAGGCAUUCUCACAUUUGGCUUCCGCCAAUGCGGUGAGGAUCAGCGUGACACCGUGGUGCGAGUUGAAGGGAGAUGGCUGUUUGGCGAGAGGGAGCUGGCGGUGGGGACGCACAUGUGUCGAGUCUUGCGUGAGGAGGGGGGCAAGGGCAUUGCUUGUCGCCUGCCGACACACACACGGAUCAUCAACGUUCUUUUGCCCUUUUGCAUCAGUGUGUCUACCUUAAAGAGCUGUGUAUCGUCGAGGCCCGCCUCUGCGAGCGCGUUGAGCUGAUAGGCCACACUCAUGGCGGACUGCGGCGCAGCAACCCGACCCACAACACGGCCCUCGACCAGCCGACCAAGAGAGGCCAGGAGUGGCUCGUGCUUGAUCCGCAGGCGCCUCAGCAGCGACAGCGCUAUGCAGAUCUCCUCGCCUGAGAAACACCUGAAGGGGCCCAGCCAUUUUUUGCAUGCCUGAACCCCUCAUUUGUCGGUGAAGUGACCUGAUGUGUUUGUGGAUGUGUGCGAGGAGAACGUUGAGUGCCAGCGGCGGCCGAUAGUCCAGGAGGCUGAAAGAUAAGAGGGCGUUGAGCAUGUCAGAACACGCCAUCUCAGACACGCGACGAGGCAACACUGAAGGGGCCGACAACACGCACACGCACACAGACACAGAUACACAAGGCGUCACGAGAAGAGAGAAAUCGCGCCCCCCCGUCCCUCACAUUUGCUCAUCUCGUCGAAAAGCCGAUUGUGUCUAAGCUCCAGAAAUGCGUAAGCGUACAACACAGUGGCGAUGUCGCCGCCACCCAAGUGCUCCACGUGACUCAAAAGAUACUCGCCAGCCACUCUGAGCUCAGACACAAAAAGAACACACAUAAGCUUCCUGCUUCUUCCCCCCGUUGUCUCACCUGAAGACUCUCGGUUCCCUCACAGCUGCCUGUGCGAAGGCCUUGAGGACGACCGCCAGCCGUCUGGGCGGGAACUCACCCACCUGCAUUACAGUCUGCCGCGUCAGGGCACGCCACGCCUCUCGCGAGCGGUAUGAGAGCGCCGCGAAGCACUUGGCCACCGACGCGAGGUUGGUGGCGCUAAAGGGGACCGGACUUGACGAGUCGGUCAACAAACUGGAAAGAGAGGGAAAGAUAGCAUCAGUGUCUGCGUGUCUGUGUCUCUGCUCAUCGUGUCAGUACCCAGCGAUCAUUUUGAGCAGUACAGUAGAUCUCAGCUGCGCAGCUGUGAAGGCCUCACUGCCGUAGACACACACAGAGCACAGCCAGCAGUGAAGAAACGCAUGGACCUGCGCCUUUCCGUGUUGCCACGUUUCACUCACCAGAUGAGGCCGAUGUCCUGUCCAUUCAGUUGAUGGAUGUGGUCAGGAAGGCCCUCGGCCACUGCCUCCAGCAGAGGCACAUUCACAUACGACACACGAGCCCACGCACCAGCAACACCUGCAAUAACAGAGAAGGGAUCCACGGGCAUUCAGUGCAAUUGUUCCACCCCACCCACCCACCUGCUAGCUGUCUGAAUUCUAUGGGUUUGGCGGGCCUGUUGAUCCGCUCCAUUCUCCUCCUCACAAGCCCCUCGUAACUCUCAUGAGCGUCGUCAUUCAGGCCAUCGGCAUCGCUCUCGCCCUCUGCCUCUGUGGCCUCAUCCAGGCAGAAGGACGGAACCAACUCAGACGCUGCUGCUUGCUGGUUGUUUGGUGGGGCUGGGGGUGGUGUGGCGAGGGCGAGAUGGUGGCGCUUGAUGGCCUCCUCAGAGAGCAUCUCCAUCAAAGGCACGUCACUAACUGCAGCAUGCAAGGAACGAAACGUAGUGCGUGAAGGGACGGCUGUUUGUGUCUGUGUGUGUGGGGGCUGACUAUUGAGUUUGGCAAUGGCCACGGCGAAGACAUAAAUGUCGACUCCAUCGAGGCGGUCGCGAAGCUCAAAGGCGCGACGACUCAAGAUCGACCAAAGAUGGGGAUGACGCAACUGAAAAUCAACUGAUUGUCAAUGAGAAUCUAUAUGUGCGAUUCUUCCUCACUCACCUGCAGUCUGAGUGCCUCAUUGACAGCCUUGUUGAGCACAAAGUGGUUGGCCCGGUCAAGCCGCGUCUUCGACACCUGUGGCCACACGCGGCCACGUAACCCUGCACAAAAAGACACCACACACGACUAUCCAUCCAUUAUCUUUUGCAUUCAUCGUCCGCCUACUCAUCGGUGGCCCAGGCUCGGUCAUGGGCAGCGGGUGAGGCGGCCUCUCCCCCCGCAUCCACACUGGCUGCCGACGCAGCGACACAGGGGGCGGGUAGAACGCAGUCAACGAGUCAUCCCCAGAACCGCCAUUGUCUGCCUCUGAUGCUUGGAGGGCGGUGGAUAGGUCCGUGAGCUUCCACCUGGAUAUGCUGUGUCGGAGCUGGACUGAUUUGCGCGAGGGGACGGGCCACGGGGCAUGCAGAGAAGGCAGCGGGACAGUCGAUGACACCGGCGUCGGCUGAUGAUCUUGAUGCAGAGCUGUGUCACUGCUUGGCUGAUGAGCUGGAGCCUGCUGAGAUGCCGGGACGGGCAGGAGACUCUCUGCUUGUGGCUCCGCUGCUGCUGAUGCUGAGGUUGAUAGAUGCCGUCCAGAAAGCGAUGGAUUUCGGUGCUUGAUGGACCCAUUGACGGACAGGCGCACUGGAGAAGCUCUCCUCAUCCUUCCUUUCA